AUGGUGGCACACCAGCCACCUGCCCAACUCGGUAACAUGGUGACGUCAGUUGCCAAGUUAGGCCCUUCAUACGUUGCCAUUCGGCCUGCUUCUUGUAGCCAAGCUAUCUGCCAAAGUCCGCCGCACACACACACAAAUGGCGGUCUUGUUCGUGGACCUGGUCUAUCCGAAGAUGACACAAGCACACAGAUACUGGACUUUAUGGCGGACAAAUCGGCCAGAAAGGUUCGUUUAAACGCAGAACGGACGGCUUUGCUUCAGCCGCCCAAAUCGUCUGCAAAUGGGGCCAUUUCUGCGCUAUUUCAUGCACAACGACCAGCAACGACUAAAAACAAGACGAAGCCGCCUGCCGAGUGCAGUUACUGCCGCAACUUGGCGGGAUUCCAACCGAGCAUGUAUGGGCUACUCCAUGGGCGACAUGAGCCUGUAUCUGAUCCGUCCCACAAUUAG